AUGGCAAAGAAAGUAGGAGAUUCAGCCGAACUCAAUUACGACAUGAACUACAAUUUGUUUUUGUUGAAGACUUCUAUGCAGAACUUGAAAACAGCACAGGAUAAACAUAAUGUAAACCGUUGGGUGCAUAAACUGUUGGCAAGCAAUAAGACGGUUGCUGAAAUGAAGCUCCGAAAUGAUUUCAUGUUUCAUCUGGUGACGGCCGUCCAGGAGGGUGAGCUUCGCCCACCGUUCAACCAAUAUCCACCGUCGUUACCUCUCAACAAUCUAACAUAUCUACUAACGGGAAAUGCACCCAGUUCUGGCGGUAAAGACGGGAAAAAAGGCGCUGGCGCUUGGGAGUGUGACCUAUCCAGUGAAGACACGGAAAAGCCCAUGUUGUACAGACAAUCACCAGACGGCGGAGCGUUUUUGGCCGCACAACCUGUACCAAAGUGUGGAGCGUUUUGCUACUUGGCCGUGGUCAGUAAACCACCAGCGAAGGACGACAAGCCUAAGUUGUAA